AAAGUUUUGGUGUGGGGGGCCAGAGGCGCAGAGGGGGAUUAUGAUCGGUGCCGGCGAGGGAUUCCCAGACACUGUCAGCCCUCAACCCCCAGCCCCCGUCAGGCGCCGCGCAGAGCAGCCCUCCUGCUAUACGAAACCGGCGGAGCGCGCGUACGAGUGCGACCAUAGCCGCGUUCGGGGAAGUGGUUUGGAGAAACGGGAACUUCAAAAGAUGAGGCUCGAUCGGUGGAGGCAGUCGUCUGAACUCCACGCUGGCCGGUGUUCCGAGAUGUAAAGGACGGAGAGAGCAAGGAGCUGCGGCCUCCGGGAGGUUUCGUCACGUUCCCAUCAGCAGCCCCCGGAGCGGGGUCUGAUUAGCAGGCCAGAUCCAGCUGAUAGCUGUUAUGAGGACUUUGCUGACUUCAGAAAGCUGAGCAUAAUAUCAACAGACUUCAAUGAAAGGAAAUAAUAUCACUCCAAGCAACUUGUACACAGACAGCUUUCGGUAGCUUUAAAUUAACUGGUUGCUCAACUGCAAGGACACAGCUAUUUUUUCUUUCGGCACACAUGGAGGAAAGCAACAAAAUUUGUAACCCUGGCUAAUAGGACUGUGGCUUUCUUAUCAAAAGUAGGAGGUGCGCCAACUGUAAAAUGAUUAUUUUAUACUUAGCCUGAAGGACUUUAUCUCUGCUUGAACACUGGACAUAAACUGAAGCCAGUUUUAAUGAUCUGAGAUUUUGCUACUUGUCCUUUAUUAUUGUUAUUAGCUCUUUAACACUUUGAUACUUUAUUUCUUUAAAUUGGAAAUGGGUUCCUGGACUAGAAUGUGGCCCUCAGACUGGGCUGUUCUCAUGAAAUCAUGGCUUAUCUUUUCCCUGGGGCUCUACAUGCAGGUCUCCAAAACUUUGGCCUGUCCAAAAGUGUGCCGCUGUGACCGAAAUUUUGUCUACUGUAAUGAGCGAAGCUUGACCUCAGUGCCUCUUGGGAUACCAGAGGGUGUAACCGUCCUCUACCUCCAUAAUAACCAAAUAAAUAAUGCUGGAUUUCCUGCAGAAUUGCACAAUGUCCAGUCUGUGCACACAGUCUAUCUUUAUGGCAACCAAUUGGAUGAAUUCCCAAUGAACCUGCCCAAAAAUGUCAGGGUUCUCCACUUGCAGGAAAACAACAUUCAGACAAUUUCUCGGGCUGCUCUUGCUCAGCUCUUGAAGCUGGAAGAACUGCACCUCGAUGACAACUCCAUCUCCACUGUUGGAGUUGAAGAUGGGGCGUUCCGGGAAGCCAUCAGCCUCAAGCUUCUGUUCUUGUCCAAGAAUCACUUAAGCAGUGUACCAGUAGGCCUUCCAGUGGACUUACAAGAACUUCGAGUAGAUGAAAACCGAAUUGCUGUCAUUUCAGACUUGGCCUUCCAGAAUCUUACAAGUUUGGAACGUCUGAUUCUGGAUGGCAAUCUGCUUACUAAUAAAGGCAUAGCUGAAGGCACCUUUGGUCACCUCUCUAAACUCAAGGAAUUCUCUAUAGUGCGUAAUUCACUGACCCAUCCUCCUUCUGAUCUUCCAGGUACACAUCUGCUAAGGCUCUACUUGCAAGACAACCAGAUAACUCAUAUACCACUUACAGCCUUCUCAAAUCUUCACAAACUGGAACGUCUUGAUAUUUCCAACAAUCAGCUUCGUAUGUUGGUAAAGGGUGUAUUUGAUGAUCUCCACAACCUGAGGCAACUCACUGUAAGGAAUAAUCCCUGGUUGUGUGACUGCAGUAUAAAGUGGGUCACUGAAUGGCUCAAGUUUAUUCCCUCUUCCAUCAAUGUACGGGGUUUUAUGUGCCAGGGACCAGAGCAGGUCCGAGGUAUGGCAGUCAGAGAGCUUAAUAUGAAUAUGCUGUCAUGCCCCACCACUACCCCGGGUAUGUCAUUUAUCAUCACCCCAGUCCCAGCUACAGCCAAGCCGACUACAUUAGUUCCCUUUUCAUCAGUUCCUCCCCCAAGUACUAAGUACAGUCCUCUGACUCCUAUCAUAGUCACACUCCCUACUGUGCCUGACAGGGAAGACAGAGAAAGGGUAACACCUCCUAUAUCUGAGCGAAUUCAACUCUCUAUCCAUUUUGUGAAUGAUACUUGCAUCCAGGUUAACUGGAUAUCUCUUUUUACUGUGAUGGCAUAUAAACUCACAUGGGUUAAAAUGGGCCAUAGUCUGGUAGGAGGAAUUGUUCAGGAACAAAUAGUUAGUGGUGAGAAACAACACUUAAGCUUGAUAAAUCUGGAGCCCAAAUCCACCUAUCGGAUUUGCUUGGUUCCUCUGGAUGCUUAUAAUAAUUACCGAACUGGAGAAGACACUGUCUGUUCAGAAGCCACAACAAAGGCUUCCUUUUUGAACAGUGGCGGCAACAUUCCCUCCAGCCAUGAGCAGACAACUUCUCAGAACCUGGGCUCCCCAUUUCUGCUUGCAGGUUUAAUUGGGGGUGCAGUGAUAUUUGUGCUCGUGGUCCUGCUCAGCAUUUUUUGCUGGCACAUGCACAAAAAGGGGCGUUACACCUCCCAGAAGUGGAAAUACAAUCGAGGCCGUCGGAAAGAUGACUACUGUGAGGCAGGAACCAAGAAGGACAACUCCAUCCUGGAAAUGACGGAAACCAGCUUCCAGAUUGUGUCCUUAAAUAAUGAUCAGCUCCUUAAAGGAGAUUUCAGACUGCAGCCCAUUUAUACCCCAAAUGGGGGCAUUAACUACACAGACUGCCACAUCCCCAACAACAUACGAUACUGCAAUAGCAAUGUCUCAGACCUGGAGCACUGUCAUACGUGAUAGUGAGGGGAGAUGGGGGUGUCAAGGAUAAAGAGAAAAACUCUGGAGAAAGUAACCCUCACAACAAUGAAAAAAUUACAUUUGAUAAAUGUUACACAGAUGCAUUUAUGCAUUUGAAUACUCUGUAAUUUAUACGGUGUACUAUAUAAUGGGAUUUAAAAAGUGCUAUCUUUUCUAUUUCAAGUCAAUUGCAAAUGGUUUUGUAACUCUUUGCUUUUUAAAUCUUAAAAAAAUAUUGCUAAGUACUGUACAGGGUUGUACAAUAAGAACCCAGUGUCAUGGCAAAGGAAAUAUUGAUUCAUUCUUCAAACAUUAACCACUUUGCUGUCGAAGCUGUCUGAGGGAUGUAAGUUCCUAGGUGUCCUGUAAUACAGGAAAAUAAGUGCAUAUUAAAGCAGGGUUACUAGGAACAGCCAAAAGCAAUUCAGAUAAAAUGGGUAAAACCCAUUUGGCUCAAAUCCAGCAGUUGCUGUUGCUUUUCAAACAAUUUGAAAUAUUUCUGUUCCCUUUGUCAGUUAUGUAUUUCCUACCUCCAAUUCAAAGCUGGAGUUCUGACUGCUACCAAAAAGGCUACUUUUUAUUUGAUUAGGUUUCCCCAAUAUACUUGGAAAGGUAGACAGAACUCAGUGUCAAACUUGAAGUGACCUUGAUUUCUAUUUGCAAAAGCUAUUCUGAAAAUGUCCUCCAAUGCCAUGCAUUUUUAUGUUAGAAAUGGUUCCUGCCUUUCAUGAAUUCUUUAACCUUUCUCAGUGCAAGAUGAGGGUUAUCAGUAUGUAAGAGAUAGUUGUCAUUAGAUUACACCUCUUGUUAAUAGAGCAGUAUUUGUUGACACAGCAUGUUCAGGUAAAAUCUGAACAAGGCAAAUUCUAAGAGCUCCCAACUCUGUGAUAUUCAUGUAGAAUUUACAGUCUAAAAGUGGAAAUUGCUGAAAACAUGUUGCAAAACAUAAUGUCAAUGGAAAAGUUGCCACUGACUUUUAUGGUUCAAGCUCUCUGUGAUUUAGCAGUUUGAGUUACAGUCAGUAACUCAAAGUAAGAAAAAGAUAAAAACAAUCAACAAAAGAAAAAUAAUUGCGAAAGAUCUUUUUAAUUUUUAAAAAAUUUAUUACUGAAGAUCUCUGGGCCUAUUGUGAACUGAAAUAUGUACAGCAGGGAAAAUCAUGAAUAAAUUCAGGGUUGUUUUUUUUCCAUUCAGCUGAACAGAAAUUGAUAUUAAUUGAGAAAUUUUGAGAGCACAAGUACACUGUUUCUCCAAAUUAUCCUUCUUUUAUCUUAAGCUUUUAAAAAUUUUCCACAAUGAUCUGAAUUUGAAAAUCAGCAGGUGGGCUUGGAAUUUGUUCCUUAGUUCCCUCAAAUUCUUUGCCUGGAGUCACUUCUGAGUGAUGCCUUAUGUGAAGCAUCAAGCUUGUAUGAAAAUGAUGCCGCUCUCAAAAUUAGACUAUGUUUCAACAGCUCCAACUGACUCCACUGACUCUAUGACUUCCAAGAACUCUGGAUUUUUUGCCAACCCAGUGGUAGAAUUUAAUUCUUCCCUUCCCUUCCCUUCCCUUCCCUUC